UUCAAAGUGAUUUGAUUGAUUGAUUUCGAAUUUUAUUAAGUGUGAAUUUGAAAACGUGAAAAUAUACAUUUCAAGAUGGCUUCGUUAAUUUAUACCGUUUUAAGUAUUACUAAUGUAGCGUCAGUACAUUGUGCUGCACGUCCAGAAAUCUCUCCAUGCACUUGCGACUCAAUUUCAUUAUACAACCUGAAAUUCUUAGAACUAACUUGUGAAAAGGUCGAUUCUUUUCAUCAGAUCGUCGACAAAUUGUCUAAUAAAUUCGAUCCGAACUUAAAUAUAAGUUUGAAAAUAACGUAUUCGCAACUUGAGGACAUGGAAAUGUUAUCGUUUAAGGACAUGAAUUUAAAUGUGAAUAAGUUACGUUUGCAAUGGAAUAAUUUGAGAACUUUGCCCGAAUUACCGUUUCGUGGGUUAUCGAAUGUCGAGUUUUUGAGUAUUGGUGACAAUGAACUUGAAACAAUACCGAAACAUAUGCUCAGUCACAUGCCGUUAAUUAAGACGCUUGAUAUGGGCAGAUGUCGUCUGAAGUCGGUGUUGCAAGAUGAUUUUAAAGGUACUCAAAUGGUGAAGUUUUUGUUUUUGGUCACUAACGAGAUAAAACGUUUGGAGAAGGGUACAUUCCCACAAAGUUUAGUAUCGCUACAUCUUGGCCGCAAUCAAAUCGAAAGUCUUAAUGGCACAUUGCGCAACUUAAAUCAAUUGGAAUCACUGUUUUUGAAUAUGAAUAAUAUUAAAUCAUUGGACGAUGAGUUACCGGAAUCGAAUCGCUUACAAUUGAUAAUUGCAUUUGAUAAUCAAUUGGAACAUUUGCCGGAGAGUAUGCGUUAUAUGACCAACUUGGAAACUUUACACGUUCAUUCUAAUCGUAUUAGAUCACUUGAUGGAAAAUUGAAGAAUGCCAAAAAAUUAAAUGAAUUUUACGGACAUUACAAUAAGAUAGAAUAUUUGGCACAGGAUGAAUUCAAGUCUGUGGUUAAAAUGGAAGAAAUUAGAAUGGAUUUUAAUAACAUUAAAUCUUUAAAUUGUUCCUUAUUACCAAUGAAACGUAUUACAAAAGUCAAUUUCUCUUUCAAUGAAAUCGAAGAGUUCUCUAUGAAUGAGAUACGCGGCCUUAUGUAUCUUAAAACACUUGACCUUUCAUAUAAUCGCAUAGAAACACUUACAGGACGUCAAGAUAAUAGCAUUGAUAAAGCUUCAGUACUCGUUGAAUUUAAUUUGGAUCAUAAUCGUCUCAAAUCUUUGGAUGCUGCUUUAAUGGGUUUGGAUAGUUUACGUAUACUAACUUUAUCCUACAACGAAAUCGAACAAAUACUACCAGAAGAUUUUAUCGGAAUGGUACAUUUGGAACUUUUGGACUUGUCUCAUAAUCAACUGUUAACUUUACAGGAAUUAGAAACGACACGUCUACCAAAUUUGAAAAUAUUAAAAGCACCGUUCAAUAACUUAACAAAAUUGGAACGAGAUUUCCAUGGAUUACCAGUACUUUGCCAGGUGAAUGUAACAAAUAAUCAAAUUGCAACGAUAUCUGCCGAAUUAGUGAAACAAUCUCGCUGUCUUAGUCACAAUGUGCUUAAUGAUUUGGAAAUACAUUUGGAA